AUGUGCAAUCAUCAACGUCAAAUUGAAUCUAAAAUUCAACAAAAACACGAUUGGAAUCAUUUCUUCAACAUCAAUUAUGAAAAGCUGAGAUCAUGUUCUACGAUCGAGCUCAGCGUGACAUAUUUUAAGCUGCUGGCGUUGAAGGAGAGUUUUGUUACGGACUAUAUGGAACCCAGUUUGGAAGUAACUGAAACUCUGUUUUAG